AUGAGUGUAAGUAGAUUUUCUGAUAAAGCUUAAAUCAUCAAUAAUAAAGAAAUUUUGGAGUAAUUUGAGAAUGGAGGUAUUAUAACUAUAAUCAAAAAUAAUAGAAAAAAUUAUGUUAUCUACUUUGAUCAUAAAAGUUAAUUAGAAUUAAAAGAAAUAAGAAAGGAUAUUCUUAAUAACCAAUAAAUAUAUAUAUAAUAUUAUUCCAAAGUCUGAUAGUAGAAUUAUGCAAAUCUUUGGUAAUUUUAAUUUAUAUAUAUAAUUCUAAUAGGUAAAAUUAUGUCAAAUCAGAUCAAAAGAAAAAUCAAGUUUUCUUCUAUUCAAGCAGUUAGUGUUACAUCUCUUGGAACAGAAUUUGUAAUUCAUGUUCCAAGUGAAUAUGAUUAUAGAUUCUAAUCCGCUGAUUAGUAAUAACUCUUUUAAUUUUUAGUCGUCAAUAAAUCUUGGAAGCUUUAUGUUUAUGUUAUUAGACAGUAAAUUUAAGAAAACUUCCAUUCUUUUUUAAAGAAGAUUUUACACUUUUAUCUGUAUGUACAACAGAGAAUGAUGUUAAAAAAGGAAUUAAAAGAUUUCCAACUGAAAAACCUAUUGUAUAUUCUUAUAUCUAAUAAUUUAGGAAUUAGAUGCAUAAGAGUUGAAAGAAUAUAGCAAUAGAAAACCAUAAGAAUAAUUAGUUUAUAAGAGGCCUGGUCUUUAGAAAUAAAUUAAUGGUAGUAGCACUACAAUUUCAAUUGAAGAUUUUGAUCUAAUUAAAGUAUUGGGAAGAGGAGCAUUUGGAAAAGUAUAUUUAUUUGUACCCUAUUCUCAUCUAGGUUAUGAUGUGUGAGAAGAAAGAUACCAAAGAAUUGUUUGCCAUUAAAUCUUUACGUAAAGAACACAUUAUGGACAAAAAUUAAUUAGAACAUACUAGAGCAGAAAGAAAAUUAUUAGAAGAAAUUGAUAAUUCAUUCUUAAUUUCUCUUGAAUAUGCAUUCUAAACAUAAGAAAAAUUAUUUUUUGUAAUGAGAUUCAUGAGAGGAGGAGAAUUAUUUAAACAUUUAAGAGAUAAAAGAAGAUUCCCAGAAACAACAGCUUAAUUUUAUGCUGCAUCUAUUUUAUUAGCAUUAGAAUAUUUACAUAAAAUGUAAGUUGUCUACAGAGAUUUAAAGCCUGAAAAUAUUUUAAUGGAUGAAUUUGGUUAUAUUAAAAUGACUGAUUAUGGAUUGGCUAAAUUUUUAAAACCAGGAGAUUUUACAUAUUCAUUUGUUGGAACUCCUGAAUAUUUGGCUCCUGAAAUCAUUAGAUAAAAUGGACAUAGUCUUGAUGUCGAUUGGUGGUCAUUUGGAAUAUUAAUUUAUGAAAUGGUAGUAGGUAGACCGCCUUUUUUCUCUUAAAACUAAUCAUAAUUAUUUAAAUCUAUUGUUGAAUCAGAUGUUGUAUUUCCAUCUCAAUUGGCUCUUAGCAAUUAACUCAAAGAUCUUAUAACUUAAGUAAAAUACUUAUUUUAUAUAGUUAUUAACUAAAAAUCCUUUUGAAAGAUUAGGACAUAAUGGAGAUGCUUAAUAAAUCAAAGAACAUCCUUGGUUUAGAGAUUAUCCUUUCUAAGAUUUGAUUGAUAAGAAACUUUAAGCUCCUAUUGUUCCUAAAUUAUAUGAUAAAUUAGAUGUACAAAAUUUUGAUUAGGAAUUCACUAGAGAAGGUAUUUUUAAUUUUAUUAUAUUAUUUAGAGGCAAUGAAUUCUGUAGUAAAAAUGGAUCCAAAACUUAUAGAAAAGUUCAAAUAAGAAUUUGGAGGUGUUACCUAUGUACCAAAUAACAAUGGAUUGAAUUGA